AUGGUAUACAUUAAUGAAGCUGCCGUUUGGGAAGAUGACAGUUUAUCUACAACAUGUUUGAAUUGUGAAAGUACUUUUACAUUUUUUAAUAGAAGACAUCAUUGUAGAUGUUGUGGGGGAAUAUUUUGCAGUACCUGUAGCGAUUAUUUUUUAUGGUAUGAUGAAGAUAAAGUUAAAAUUAUAGAACCAAGCAUGUACCAACGAGAACAAGACCAAGAAGUCUUGAGUUUUUAUGAGACAAGGUCGGAUUUACCACCUUAUAGAACCUGUAUUACCUGUUAUAAUAUUUUACAAAGGGACCAUAUGUCUUUGAGUGCAGAACAAUAUCAUAGAAAAAAAUUAAGACAAAACAGAAGAGACAGAGGCGUUACCAAUACCUUUUUUACCACCGCCACUAUUUCAAAUGUAUCCUCAAAUGAACCCAAUGUUAAAAAUGAUAAUGGAAUUGUCCUAAUAGAGGAAAGGUUAGAAGAUGAAGAAGAUGGCGAGGGAGAUACAGAAUCAAGGACCGAAAUAAGAUCAUCCUCUGCUAGCACUAUGACUACUGCAACAACCACAACCACAGCCUUGUCUACUGGAAACAACAAUAACAUGAAUGGCAGUACUAAUAGCAGCACUGUUUCUAAUUUGGAUAACAGUGGUAGUGCUAAUUUACCCUCAGCAUCGAUUCACAGGAUACUCGAUAAUAAUACCAAAAAACUUGCCGCCAAUAAAAAGAAAUCUUGUAAAAGAAAAUCAAUAAAAAAGACAAAAAAAAAAUUAAAACAAUCACUAAACCAUGAUCAAGAUGCAGAUGAUGAUGAAAGAGCCCGAUGCCCUAUAUGCAAUGAGAAAUUAACAUCCCUAACGGAAGAGGAGUCGCAGGUUCAUAUCAAUGAAUGUUUACAUAAGGCAGAAUCUAUACAUCAACAUCAUUACAAUGAUAAAACCUCUCCAAGCUCUACAAAUAGAAUGUUGGUUUAUGCAGUCAAGGAUAAUAAGGAAAAUCAUUAUGAAGAAUGUCCCAUUUGUUUUGAAUUAAUGGAACCUGGACAAAAAAUUGGUAGAUUAGAAUGUUUUUGCGUUUUCCAUUAUAAAUGUAUAAAAGAAUGGUUUAAUAAGAAACGGCAAAAAUCUAAGGAUUAUUCUAAAAACUGGUGUCCAUUUCAUGAUGCAAUUCUGUGA